AUGUCUUCUAAUAACCAACAAGUCGCUCUCACGAAUACCUUUCGCUCUUACAAUUCCAAAGUUCCGAUGUUUCUGCAAAAAUUGUAUAUGAUUGUUGACAAGGAAGAGACGAACGAUGUCAUCUCGUGGUCUCAGGACGGGGAGUCGUUCUUCGUUCACGACCAUGAGAGACUUGCUAGAGAGCACCUCCCACAGUGGUUCAAACACAACAAAUUUGCUUCCUUCGUUCGCCAACUGAACAUGUACGGAUUUCACAAGGUGCCUCACCUGCAGCAGGGCGUACUGAAAAGCGAAACGGAAGCAGACCAGUCGCAGUUCAUACAUCCAUAUUUCCAGCGCGGGAAAGAGGAACAGCUGAUAUUCAUUGAGCGAAAGAAGCAGACGAAAGAUCAGGCGGCCAUUGAAUUCGAGCAGGCUGACCCUUCUGUACCUCCUUCGUUUCCUACUGGUCAAGCUCUCGAUAUUCCUGCUAUUGUCAACGGUAUCGCCGCUAUCCGACGGCACCAGACGACGAUAUCUCAGGACUUGAGCGAACUGAAGCGCUCAGAUCAACUGCUGUGGGAGGAGGCUUUGCAAGCUCGGAAUCGGUAUAAGCAGCAACAGGACACCAUCAAUCGCAUCGUCAAGUUCCUGGCUAACCUUUUGACUCAGCUGGCGAACACCAGCGGCAAAGAGAAGGACUCGAACCGUCCACGAGACUCUCCACAUGGCAUCGUACCGCUCCAACCUUCACGUCUCAUGAUUGAGGACAAGCGUAGAGACUCGGCGGGGAGUAAGGUUGGAAUAGUCGAGGUGGAAGAUGAAGACGACAAGGAUAUGGCGAAGUCUCCAGCUUGUAAAAUUUUCCUCCAUAGUGUUAGUGUAUAUUCUCUGAUUUUCUUAUCUGGCAGCAGCGAAAUACCCGACCGUGGAGACACCAAGUUCUACCGUGCAACCAUCGACGACCACCUCUGA